UCUUGAUAAAUGGGUUACUACGCUGAAAGCUGAUGGGUGUUGAAAAUGGAUGUACAAACUGUUGACUAAUUUCACUCCAUAGGAUCCUUGGAGCUUGCUUUUCUGUUUCUUCCUUUUUUUACUUCAACUGCAGCAUAAAGAGGAAGAUCAUGCCUGAGCCAGUUACUUUGUGCAGUAUUAAGAAAAUCGGAGAAGACAACUAUGGCUUUGAGUCGGAAGAAUCACCAGAUAACGGCAUCUGCAAACCAGAGUAUUUCCAUACUAAAAAGGAAACUUCUUCAAAGAACAAUACAAAAGGGAACAAGACAUCAGAGAAGAAUGAGAUUCGAGUUGGCUUCUUUGAGUUGUUUAGAUUUGCUUCUUCAUCUGAGAAACUGAUGAUGGUUUUGGGUGGCAUCUGCGCUGCUCUCCAUGGAGCCGCCCAACCAGCCAUGUUGAUUGUUUUUGGGGUAAUGACAGACACAUUUAUUCAAUAUGAUAUCGAGAAGCAAGAGCUUAGUGACCCGAACAAAGGAUGUGUGAAUAACACUAUAGUGUGGCUCAACAGUUCCCAUCACCAAAAUGACAAUAAUACGCCAGUGAGUUGUGGGUUGCUGGACAUUGAAAUGGAAAUGAGUUAUUUUGCAAGUUACUAUGGGGGAAUAGGCUGCGCAGUGCUUGUGCUGGCAUACUUCCAGAUCAGCUUAUGGGUAAUCUCAGCUGCUCGACAGACACAGAAAAUCAGAAAAGCCUAUUUCAGGAAAAUAAUGAGGAUGGAUAUAGGCUGGUUUGAUUGUACAUCAGUGGGGGAACUCAGUACACGUAUUUCUGAUGACGUAAAUAAAAUAAAUGAUGCUAUUGCUGAUCAAGUAGCAGUCUUUAUCCAGCGGUUCACCACCUUUAUUUGUGGAUUCAUGUUAGGAUUUGUCAGAGGCUGGAAGCUGACCUUGGUUAUUAUCUCAGUCAGUCCACUAAUUGGGGUUGGAGCUGCCAUGAUUGGCCUGGCUGUGGCAAAGCUGACAGGUCGAGAAUUAAAAGCUUAUGCAAAAGCUGGCGCUGUGGCCGAUGAAGUGCUCUCAUCCAUCAGAACAGUGGCUGCUUUUGGAGGGGAAAGAAAAGAAGUUGAAAGAUAUGACAAAAACCUAGUGUUUGCCCAAAACUGGGGAAUUAGAAAGGGAAUAAUAAUGGGAUUUUUCACCGGUUACAUCUGGUGCAUCAUUUUCCUGUGUUAUGCACUAGCAUUUUGGUAUGGCUCAAAACUUGUUCUCGAAGAUGAGGAGUACUCGCCUGGCACACUUAUACAGGUUUUUUUUGGAGUUCUGGUAGCUGCCUUGAGUCUUGGCCAAGCUUCUCCUUGCCUGGAAGCCUUCGCCACUGGCCGAGGAGCUGCAACAAAUAUCUUUGAGACAAUAGAUAAAAAACCUGUUAUUGACUGUAUGUCAGAAGAUGGCUACAAGCUGGAUAAAGUCCGCGGUGAAAUUGAAUUCCAUAAUGUGACUUUCUACUACCCAUCCAGGCCUGACGUAAAGAUUUUAGAAAAACUCAACAUGGUUAUCAAGGCAGGGGAAACAACAGCUUUUGUUGGACCCAGUGGAGCUGGAAAGAGCACCACAAUACAGCUCAUCCAGCGAUUUUAUGACCCUAGUGAAGGCAUGAUUACUCUAGAUGGACAUGAUAUUCGCUCACUUAAUAUUCAGUGGCUGCGUUCUUUGAUUGGCAUAGUGGAGCAGGAACCAGUCCUGUUUGCUACUACCAUCGCAGAGAACAUUCGCUAUGGUCGGGAAGAUGCCACUAUGGAAGACAUCAUCAGAGCAACCAAACAAGCCAAUGCCUACAACUUUAUCAUGGAUCUGCCUGGGCAAUUUGACACCCUAGUUGGAGAAGGUGGUGGCCAGAUGAGUGGAGGCCAGAAGCAACGGAUUGCUAUUGCUCGUGCUUUGGUUCGAAACCCCAAAAUCUUGCUACUGGACAUGGCCACAUCAGCACUGGACAACAAAAGCGAAGCUACAGUGCAAGAGGCCCUUCAUAAGGCUCGUGUUGGGCGCACUGCCAUCUCCAUUGCUCACCGCUUGUCCUCAAUCAGAACUGCUGAUGUCAUAAUUGGCUUUGAGCAUGGAAGAGCAGUGGAAAGGGGGAAACACGAGGAGCUGAUGGAACGGAAAGGGGUUUACUUCACACUGGUAACUUUGCAAAGUCAAGGGGACAAGGCACUCACUGACACGCCGGCGCAAACAGCCGAACCAAAUCUUCAGAAAACUCAGUCUUUCGUCAGGGGAAGUUAUCGGGACAGCUUGAGAGCUUCUCUUCGACAGCGUUCCAGAUCUCAGUUGUCAAAUAUAGUACCAGACCACCCAAUGUCAGUUGCCCAGAACCACUCAGAGCAUAUCUAUAGCACCGGGCAGUAUGAAGAAGAUGGCAGUCCAUUUAAGAAGGAGCCAACAGCUGCAAAAGUGGAAGAAGUGAAGCCUGCUAACGUUACCAGAAUUCUGAAAUACAAUGCUCCUGAGUGGCCCUACAUGCUGAUUGGAUCCCUUGGAGCAGGCUUCAACGGGGCAGUCAACCCACUCUAUGCCUUGCUUUUCAGUCAGAUUCUCGGAACCUUUUCUAUACUGGAUGAAGAAGAACAAAGAUUACAGAUCAAUAGCAUCUGCUUGCUCUUUGUAUUGGUUGGAGUUAUAUCGUUUUUUACACAGUUUUUACAGGGGUAUACAUUUGCGAAGUCUGGUGAGCUGCUUACAAGACGGCUAAGGAAGGUUGGCUUCGAGGCUAUGCUAGGUGAAGAAAUUGGUUGGUUCGAUGACCACAGGAACAGCCCAGGGGCUUUGACCACAAGACUAGCAACUGAUGCCUCUCAGGUUCAAGGGGCAACCGGCAGCCAGAUAGGAAUGAUUGUGAACUCUGUCACCAACAUCGGGGUGGCCAUUGUUAUUGCUUUCUACUUCAGUUGGAAGCUCAGCUUGGUCAUCAUCUGCUUCUUGCCAUUCUUGGCUUUAUCUGGUGUGGUGCAGUCUCAGAUGCUAACAGGGUUUGCCUCUCAGGACAAACAAGCAAUGGAGGCAACUGGGAAGAUUUCCAAUGAAGCGCUUGCAAACAUCAGGACUGUCGCUGGAAUUGGGAAGGAGAAAAAAUUUAUUGAAGCAUAUGAGAAAGAGCUGGAAGUCCCUUACAGAGCAGCAGUCAAAAAAGCAAAUGUUUAUGGAUUCUGCUUUGGCUUUGCACAGAGUGUUCUGUUUAUAGCCAAUUCGGUCUCCUAUCGGUAUGGAGGAUUUUUAGUUGACAAGGAAGGACUUCACUACAGCUAUGUGUUUAGGGUGAUUUCUGCUAUUGUGACCAGUGGAACUGCAUUAGGAAGAGCAUCCUCCUAUACGCCAAAUUAUGCCAAGGCAAAAAUAGCUGCAGCUCGCUUUUUUCAGCUGGUGGAUCGUGUUCCCCGAAUUAGUGUUUACAGUGAUGCUGGAGAAAAAUGGGAUAACUUUCGUGGAAACAUUGAAUUCUUGAACUGCAAGUUCACAUAUCCCUCUCGUCCCAACGUCCAAGUGCUAAAUGGUCUUUCGGUGUCGGUGAAAUCUGGGCAGACCCUUGCCUUUGUUGGAAGUAGUGGAUGUGGCAAAAGUACCAGUGUCCAACUUCUGGAACGUUUUUAUGACCCUGAGGAAGGAAGAGUGUUGAUAGAUGGACAUGACAGCAAGAAAGUAAAUGUCCGCUUUCUGAGAUCUAAAAUUGGGAUAGUGUCCCAGGAACCUGUGCUGUUUGGCUGUAGCAUUGCGGACAACAUAAAAUACGGCGAUAACACCAGAGAGAUUUCUAUGGAAGAAGUGAUAGCAGCAGCUAAGAAGGCCCAGCUGCAUGACUUCGUCAUAUCGCUUCCUGACCAAUACAAAACUAACGUUGGCUCUCAGGGGUCGCUGCUCUCUCGUGGGCAAAAGCAGCGCAUCGCUAUCGCCCGAGCCAUCGUCCGAGAUCCCAAGAUCUUACUACUGGAUGAAGCAACAUCUGCGCUGGAUACCGAAAGUGAACAGACUGUGCAGGCGGCACUGGAUAAAGCUAGAGAAGGCCGAACGUGCAUCGUCAUAGCUCACCGCCUUUCUACCAUUCAGCAUUCUGAUAUCAUAGCUGUCAUGUCGCAAGGAGUGAUCGUUGAAAAGGGCACUCAUGAAGAACUAAUGGCCCAGGAAGGGGCAUACUACAAACUGGUUACCACUGGGGCACCUAUCAGCUGAGCUUUCACAAUCAAUAUAAUUUACUUGGGGAUGUGAUAAGACCAAGGAUGAACAUGUCAACAAUCUUUAUGUUACACAUUCACUCUGCUAUUGCAAAUAUGCAGGAGAAAGUGCCCCCCUCUCCCCGGCCUGCCUGCUUUCCAACUUGUGACAUCAGUCAUUAAACUUGCUGUGGUAUGAAGAAAGGCAACAUCUACUGUUGGGAGAGUGCUCAGAACCUGUUUGUUUGUUUUUUAAUCAACUAAAGUUCUGCCAAAGUAUGUAUAUAUCUGGAUUAUUAGGCCACAUACCUGCGACACCAGUUAAGUCAAUAACUGCAGAUCUGCAGCCCCUGGUCCACAUGGAAGUUUCCACUUGGCACUCUGGGCAAACAGUGGCAUCCACUGGCAUGACCUACUAUUACUCAUUUCACAGUUGUGAUCAUGGAAAUAUCUAAACGCAGGUGUCCACAUAUCCAUAAACACAAAGGAAGCAUUGUAAGGCAGCUGUGUGUCCCCAUCAAGAAAGGCCGUCUUACCCAUGGCACCUGUUUUGCACAUGAGUGCUCUGCAUGUGCCACUGGAGGUUUGGCUUGUUUCAGCAAGUUAUGAAAUUAUAUUCACCACCGAUCAAACAAGGGAAAUAUUGUGCACAAAGCCAAUGCAGGUCUAUGUAUGGAUUUGCAUGCUGAUCCGUAUUGCAAUCAUUCCAGCACACUGAACUGUCUGGAUGCAUCUUGACAUAGGGAUGUACAUUGCAAACCAUUCAGUGCACAUGAAUAUAAAUGGAUCAGGCAGGGCAUGUGUUCCACCAGCAAGCUAUCGUUUCUGUUAUGGUAGCUUUCUCAAAUGGAGAAAAAAUUCAUCUGCAGUUUCUCCCUUGCUCGUUAAAAAGGCAUCUGGAGCUGCCACAAUGCCUUUCUCAAAACAAAGAACACUGGGGGGGGGACAGCUAGGGGGUGCAGGCGACUGUUCAUACUGAUGCUGCAGAAAGUGACAGAAAAAUUACCAUCAGUGCUGCUGAAUCAGGAAAAGAAGGCGCAGGAAAAGGCAAAUGCAGCCUCACUACACUCGGUCCUUUGGGGGUAGGGAAUGUUUGUUGUCAUGUGUUUGCAGAAGUGAACAACCAAUGCUAACUGAAUAUCUAAACUAGCUUUCCCCAAUCUCCAGCAACUGUGCUAGCUGAGGCUGGUGGGAGACUGGUUGGGGGAGACUGGUAAGUAAAGAAUCUACACUGUAUGGAAGUGGAGACACAGAAAGGAGAAUUCGUAUCUCUACCUUCCUCCUCACUUUACCACUUGGCUACCUAGCUACUUGUGUACGGAUAUAUGUUUUCAUUAAAGCAAGGGAUGACAUUUUG